AUGGGCCAGAGCCAGUCCUCCACUGCGGGGGGGAACAGUGGCGCCCCAGCUAAUGAGGAAAGGAAGACGGAUUACUACGAGCUGCUGGGUUUGGGAAGAACCGCUACAGAAGAGGAGAUCAAAAAGGCUUAUAAGAAAAAGGCACUAGAACACCACCCAGACAGAAACUAUGGUAAUGUAGAGGCUUCCACCGCCAUCUUCGCUGAGAUCCAGGCCGCCUACGAAGUCCUAUCGGACCCCCAGGAGCGUGCCUGGUAUGACUCCCAUCGGGACGCCAUUUUGGCGGGCCACAAUGGCCCCGCGGCUGCGCAGUAUUCCCAUAAUAUCAAAAUGACAACCGCAGACGAUAUAACGCAGCUCAUCAUGAAAUUCAACCCCCGUAUGGAUUUCUCAGAUGCGCCGUCUGGCUUCUUUGGCGGGCUGCGGGAAACUUUUGAGCAACUGGCGGAAGAAGAGGCACUGGCGUGCCAAUGGGGUGACUUGGAACCCGUCGACUACCCCUCAUUCGGCCACAAAGAUGACGAUUAUGACAGCAUCCGCCCGUUUUACUCGAUAUGGAGCGGGUUUGCGACAAAGAAAUCGUUCUCGUGGAAGGAUGUCUAUCGCUACUCGGAAGCACCCGAUAGAAGGGUCCGGAGGCUGAUGGAGAAAGAGAACAAACGACUGAGAGACGAGGGUAUUAGAGAAUUCAACGACGCUGUCCGGUCUCUCGUUGCCUUCGUGAAGAAGCGAGAUCCCCGUUUCAAAGCCACCGUGCAGAAUGAGGCGGAGCGGCAGAAAUCUCUCCGGGAUGCUGCGGCGGCGCAGGCGGCGCGCUCGCGAGCAGCAAAUGAAGCGAAGUUGCACAACCAACAGAUCCCAGAAUGGGCACGGAGUGAAGAGACAGAGGAAGAAAUGUUCAGCAGCAGUAGUGAAUCUGUGAUUGAACAAGACUAUUUCGAGUGUGUCGUCUGUCGAAAAAACUUUAAGAGUGAGAAACAGUUCGACGCGCAUGAGCGGAGUAAGAAGCACAUCAAAGCUGUCAAGCAGCUUCGUUGGGAGAUGAGAGCGGAGGAUAAACACAUUCAGCAACUAAGCACGGAAACGAGAACGGGCACUAGCAGUUCUGGUUCAGUUCAGGAUUCCACCCAAAGAUCCUCGUCCGGCGCCACUACCACCCAGGAAAAUGACGAGCCCAUUCCCUCAGACGCGGAAGAUGAGCUAGAACAUACUACUAAACCAACUCACGAAGACGAUCCAGAUUCCAUAUCGGACCACCACAGCGAUUUAUCAGAAUCAAACAUAAACCAAGCCGAAGCCGAAACGCAAAUUCAAGGACCAGAGGAAGCAGAUGACGAUAACGACACCAGCGAUACAAACGAAGAUUACGCGCCGCGAGCCGUUCUCGAAAACCGCUUCGCCACAGAUACAACUAGUGAGAACGCCAGCCUAACCAUGCUAACAGAAGACAUAUCGAAAACCUCCAUCUCAGCCACGCCCAUGGGUACUAGUAAUAAUGAUGAUGACAACGACGACGAGCCGAAGCAAGCAAAAGUAGGCAAAGCAAAGUUAAAGCGCGCCAAACGCGCCGCUGCGGCGGCGGCUGCAGCUGAAGAAGAAGGGAGGCAGGGCAAGACGUUUACAUGCGCAAAAUGUCACAGCUCGUUCACUUCCAAAACCAAACUAUUUAACCAUAUCAAGGAGCUAAAUCACGCGCAGCCUGUGCCUGCUACUAAAUCUAAUAAUAAACAGGCGAAGAAGAAAGGCGCGAAGCGCUGAUUUGUUGGGGGAGCCGAGGCUGCCUUUUUUUUGGUUUGUUUUAAGAUU